GGGGCCGCGGCGGGGGGGGGAGAAGAAGGCCCGGGGUCUGGCACUGCGAGCGGGCCGCGCUGGGUUGCGGUGGGGGCUGCCGGCCCGGAACUCCCCCCGAGCAUCGUCCUGCUGCUUCCCGGUUAUUGGUUGCUGACGGGCCGCUGCGCCCUCCCUCGAGCCCUGCUUGCGUGCAGCCGCUCCCCACCGGCUGCUGCUGAGCUCCCCGGCUGGAAGCAGCUCCCCGUUCAGCCCAGCAGCGCUGCGGGAGGCGCGAGGCGGCGGCCAUGUUCGUGUGAGCAGGAAGUGAGCAGAGCCAUGGCAGGCGGCGAGCGGGACUACGGCCUGACGGAGGAGCAGAAGGCUGUCAAGGCCAAGUACCCACCGGUCACCAAGAAGUACGAAUAUUUGGAUCACACAGCAGAUGUGCAGCUGCACGCAUGGGGAGACACUUUGGAAGAAGCAUUUGAGCAGUGCGUCAUGGCCAUGUUUGGCUACAUGACUGAUACAGAGACUGUGGAACCUCUGGAUACUGUUGAAGUAGAAGCAGAAGGACAUGAUAUGUUGUCCCUUCUCUUCCACUUCUUGGAUGAGUGGCUGUAUAAAUUCAGUGCUAAUGAGUUCUUUAUACCCAGGGAGGUGAAAGUGCUUUACAUUGACCGAAUGCAAUUCAAAAUAAGAUCAAUUGGGUGGGGAGAAGAGUUCUCUUUACCAAAACACCCCCAGGGCACAGAGGUCAAAGCCAUAACUUACUCAGCAAUGCAGAUCUGUGAAGAAGAAAAGCCAGAAGUCUUUGUCAUCAUUGAUAUUUAAAGCAAGUUUAACGAAGUGGGUGCUUGUCAGUGGCUGGCAAAACCCCUUCAGAACUGUAACCUCUGGGAAGCAACCAAGGAAUUAGCUAGUUCAAAUGAGAAGCAGGAGAGAGUUGUGGGGAAUGUCAUCCUGUGCUGUGGUGGGAAGAUGGUGAGCCGGACCAGUGCCAGCCUGCCAGGACAGAAGUAAUUGGGUCUGGGGGGAUUUGAGAUGAGGGCUGUAGGGGAUGGAAUUCCCUCAGGAACGCGGGUGGUUGGCUUCUAAGGCAGUGUAUGAAGUAAAUAAAGAAAUCAGUGGAGCUGCUACA